AUGCUGCGAAACACUUUCACCCCUCUCGCAAGGCAAGCCAUUGCCUCGACAUCGCGAUCCGCGGGCUUUUCCACCGUCGCACGACCGGCCGUUGGUGCAGCCACCGCCCGCGCCACCUCUACCUCCAACGUCUUUGGCGCUCCUGUUCAGCGACGAGGCUACCACGAAAAGGUCAUUGACCACUACGAGAACCCACGCAAUGUCGGCUCGUUCCUCAAGACCGAAAAGAACGUCGGCAUCGGUCUCGUCGGUGCGCCCGCCUGUGGUGAUGUAAUGAAGCUCUCGAUCAAGGUCAACGAGGACGGCAUCAUCGAGGAUGUCCGCUUCAAGACGUUCGGCUGUGGUUCUGCCAUUGCCUCGUCUUCAUACAUGACCGAGCGUGUCAAGGGCCUCUCGCUCGACGAAGCCGCCAAGAUCAAAAACACCGAGAUCGCACAGGAGCUCUGCUUGCCACCCGUCAAGCUCCACUGCUCCAUGCUUGCCGAGGAUGCCAUCAAGUCAGCCAUCAAAAACUACAGAUCCAAGCGCGAGGCAACGGGCAACAAGAAGCAGGGUCACAUUGAGGUCGUCCAGGACGUGGCAACCGGCAACACCUCGGCCACCGCUCACGUUGGCUCCGGUACCGUCUAA